UGUCACUCUCUCUGGCGCUUGAAUUUAAAGAAACCACCAAAAAUGUCCGCAGCGAAAUCGAUCUCCCGAAAACGAGGCUCAGCCUCAGUACUCACGAAGUCGGAUUCGAAUCACCGAGUCGUGGACGUGGACGAUUUUGAUCUCGAUGUCUCCAGUGACUUGAAAGGCAUAAUGUCGGCACUUCAGCUGAUAAAAGAGAAAGCGCAAAAUGACGAUCGAAAGAAGAAAGAAGAAACAAUUUCUAGUGUGGCCGCUGAAGUCAGGUCUAAGAUUGAUGAAUUGAAGUCAAAACUUGAGAAGGAUAGACAAGGUUUUGCUAAGGCACUUUCCAAGAACUCCAAAGAGUGCGAGAGUCGCUUAAAGCAUGAGACUGCAAAGUUUCAAGAGGUUUAUGAGAAAUUCUGCAAGGAAAGAGAUGCCCACCUCCAGGUCUUAAAAGAUACUAUUUCCAAAUUUGAGGAAGACAAGGAAAGGCUGUUCACGCGCUAUGAACAACUGAGGAAGAAAGAGAAGAGUUUAAUAUCGGAACAAGAGAAAUAUUGCGCAGACAAAAUUGCUAAAUUGGAGGAGUCGUUGAAAAAGAAGAAGCAGGAUGACAAAACUUUCAGCCUUUUGCGGAAAACUCUCGGUUCAUUUCUUGACGAUGCCUCAGACGAGGACUUUCCGCCUGAUGAUUGAAGAUCUACUUCACCAAUUGAGCGCUGAAGACAUCCAACUCAUAAUUUUUUUUUUAAUCUUUAAGAAAGAAGAUUAUAGUAUAUUGUCUCUG